AUGUCUUCAUCUACUUCGCCCGUCGUGGCUGGGGAGGGCUUCUGGGCGGACCUGUUCAACUCGGUCUUCUCGCCCGAAUACAACACCGUUCCACAGCGCCUGAUGAACUACGCCUUCUAUGCGCUCUUUGUCGUACUCGCCAUCCUCGUCUUUCUCACCUCGUACAAUCCGCACGUCAUCGCACUCCUCACGCUCGCCCUAGGCCUGUGGAUGAGCAUCAACUGGUUCAUGAAGGAGCUCGCCAAGAUGCCCGCUUCGUCCAAGCAGGUUCAGCAAAUGCCCGACGCCCCACAGACCGAAGCCAAAAAGGACCUCUGA